AUGUAUCUCAACUCCCCAGCCAAUGAAAAUGUGUGCAUGUCCCUAAACUUCAUGGGGAAGAAACUGCGCAACCACUCAGUGGCCCCAUCAAAAAAACAACGUGCGUGGGAGUCGACCACCCUGUCCCCCUACGCGGAUGAGGCAGAUGGUCGUGCCAACCUGGUGAGGACGCGGACCGUUAUGCCUGCCAUGGAGGACCUGCCAGGCAGCGUACCGGACCUGCGAGCAGACACCUGGGCGUGCCGACCCUGUGCAGUACACAACACACACCUGGACCAGGAGCGAGACACAGGUAAAAUCCGAGUGUUCUGUCGGAUCAGGCCCAUGAACAGAGCAGAAACAGCAAGAGGAGACGCUGCCAUUGUGUCCUGUCUCGACGAGUACUCCGUCACCGUGGAAACCGCCCGCGGACCUCGAGAGUUCCAGUUUGACCGCAUCUUUGACAGCAAAUGUUCCCAGGAAGAGGUCUUUCAAGACACAAACAGACUCAUCCAGUCGGCCAUGGAUGGCUUCAACGUGUGUAUCUUCGCCUAUGGCCAGACGGGAUCAGGGAAGACCUACACCAUGGUUGGGGGAAAGAACCUGAAGAACCCAGGGAUCAUACCUAGGACAUUCAAUAAGAUAUUUGAAAUCAUUCAGGAGAAUGAGGCUAAGUUUAAGUACAAGGUCUCAGCCUACAUGUUGGAGCUGUACAAUGAGAAGCUGGCAGACCUCUUUGUGAGCCCGGCGGAGGCGCUGAGGAAGCGCAUCGAGCUGAAGAAGGACAAAAAGGGGCUUGUGUUCGCCCAGGGCGCCAAGACAAAGGAGGCCGCCAGCGCCGGCGAGCUCUUUGCUCUCUUUGAGCAGGGCUGUGCCAACCGCCACAUCGCUGCCACCAAGAUGAACGUGGAGAGUUCCCGUUCACACCUGAUCAUCGGCAUCAUGGUGGAGAGCCGUAACCUGACCAACGGCACCGUGUGCUACGGCAAGCUCAGCCUGGUGGACCUGGCAGGCAGCGAACGGGCCGCCAAAACAGGAGCCAAAGACGGACAGCUGAAGGAGGCUAACUCCAUCAACAAGUCUCUGAGCGCACUAGGUGACGUAAUCUCUGCACUGGCCCAGGAGCAGCCCCACGUUCCUUACCGUAACAACAAGCUGACGCAGGCCAUGCAGGACUCCCUGGGGGGCAACGCCAAGACCCUCAUGUUCGUCAACAUCUCACCCGCCGACUGCAACGUGGAGGAGACGCUCACCUCACUCAUUUAUGCUACCAGGGUGAAAACCAUCACCAACAACGCACAACGGAACAUGGACAGCAAAGAAAUUGCCCAGUUGAAAGAGAUCAUUGUCAAACUCAGAUCUGGGCAGCCUGUGGAGGAAGAGGAUGUUUGAUAUUUUUCAUGGACAUAUGAACACAGACAUGGCUGGCCUGGGACACACACAAGCAGCUACACUAGACCUGUAACACAGGCAGCUACACAGUAAAUAAAGUGCUGUGUUAAUUCAACACGUAGAUAGUAUUUUGUGACCAAAUACAC